AUGGAAGAUAAAACUUUUGUUUGGAAUUCAGAGCUGAGUGAAAGGCUUGUAGAGUUACGUUUUGAAAAUGAUUGUUUGUUUAAGAAAAAGAAACAACCCUGGAAGGAGUUCCAUAAAAUACUUCUUGAAAAUGGAUUCCCAGAAGAGAUGACUGUGAAACAUGUAAGGAAAAAGUGGUCAUAUACAUACGAUACAUACAAAAUUGCCAAAAAAACUAAAAAUAAAAGUUGGAAAUACUACAAAUUGUUCGAAAAGCACUAUGGAAAAUCUAAAAUGUUGGACAAAUAUGAUUCAUGGAGUGAUGACUUGCGACUUAAAUUGGUAUAUUCUAUAUCAGAAGCAAAAGACCUAAAAUUGGACUUUCAAAAAAUGUGGAGGGCCGUGGAAAAGUCAAUGCGUAUGCUAGAUUUACCUAGCGAUUGUUGUAUUCAGGACCUAAAGGGCUUGUGGCAUCACAUACGUACUACAUUUAAUCGAAAACACAGACAAAACUUGAGAAAAGGUUCCGAAAUUUCCGAGUGGCCUCUAUACGAGGCCGUGUUGAAUUAUUACCGGAAGUUCGAACCUGAAUUGUUGGUCAAGUUGGAGACGGAGUCACCUUAUAAAUACAUAAGUAGACAAAGAAAGCCCAGCAGUUAUUUUAAUAAUAACAAGGAUCAGAAAGAGAAUUGUGGAGAAGAAUUUCAAUGGUCUAAGGACAUCACGGAAAGUUUCAUACAGAUACGAUUGCAAAACGACUGGCUGUUUAGAGAAAAGAAAUGGGCUUGGAACGAUCUUCUGGCGAUAAUGAUAGAGGAAUACGAGUUUCCCAGGACAUUAACCGGCAGAGAGAUCUGCAAGAAAUGGGCAUCGACGUAUUCGGAAUACCAAAAAGCCAAAGCGACUAAUAACAAGAGUUGGGUUUACUAUACGCUUUUCGAGCUUUAUUUGGGGGAAGGCAGCUUGAAUCCGCUUGUUGAUUGGCAAGAGGAGUGGGUUUUCAACCUAAUUAGCGCAAGAACCGACUUACAUCAUUUGUUUAAGAGCCCCAAGGACCACACUGGAGGUUGGAGAGAAGUGGAGAAGAAACUGCGUAAUAUAGGCAUACCUCUGGACCACAGUUUACUGGAGAUACCGGAGAUUUGGACACAUCUAUUGAAAACGUUUAAGUGGAAGCAAAAAUUCGCAAAUAAAGGACUACUGAACGAACAAUGGCCAUAUUACGGCGCGGUUUCACAGUAUUUUGACCUCGAAAAUGAAACACAGAAAGAAAGUCAAAAUGCCCAAAAAGAGAUUGAUGAGACGGCAGUUGAUGAUGAUUUUGAAGACGAUAUAAAACUGCUUGAUUUGAAACAAAUGUGGCAAGUGGAGCCCAAGUAUGAAUAUGGGGAUGGAAACCAGUGCAGGUCUUGUUCGAACGAAGAGGGCUGCGUUAACGUAUUCGAAGAAAAAGAUGAGGAAGGUGUCGACUUAGCGCUCAAGUUGAAACUUAUAGGAGGAGUUGAGGUGGAAAAGAGAGAUAGUUUACCUUCACAUAUUUGUAUGAGUUGUGUCACAGAGUUAGAAAACGCCUAUAAAUUUCGACGAAAAUGUCAGGAAGCAGAUCGUCAAUUUAGAGACAAAGGUAUACCAAAUGACAAUUCUAUAAAAAUUGAAUUGUUAGCAGAAGAGAAUGACACAACUGUUGACGAUAUGCACGAAGAAGUAGAUAAAGAACAGCUGACGGUUACGCAGUGCGACAAAUUUCAGGUCUUGGCAAAGAGAAAAUCAAAUGCGAUAGUGAAACGCGAAAAAGAGGUACACAGAAAGAGGAAGAAACCACGCAAACUGAAAUACGACUACAGGAAAGUUUGCGAAGUUUGUGGCAAGCAUACGAGAAAUCUCGUCAGUCAUUUAGACACGCACUCGAAAGGGAAAACCUACUCUUGCGAUUUGUGUGACAAGAAAUUUAAGUUUAAAAGCGGUCUGGUAAUACACAAAGCUGUGCACAAUCCGACGCCGAGGAAAACGUGCGAAGUGUGCGGUAAAACUUUCCACAUUUUAGCACAGUAUAGGCGGCACUUUGUAUACCACGCUAAUGAAAGGAAAUAUGGCUGCGAAACAUGCGGGAAACGGUUUAAUACCCUCGACAUAUUAAAGGUCCAUAACAGAACCCACACAGACGAAAGACCAUUCACUUGCCAGGAGUGUGGAAAAACUUUUAGAACGGCCGGUUGCGUCAGCAGGCAUAAGCGAAUAGUCCACAGAAGUAUAAAAAACGCUUGA